AUGGCUAGAACUAAGGCAUCUUCCAAGGCGUCUGCGGACAGCAAACACAGCUACAGCAACAAACAUCUUCCUGGAGCCUCUCCCCCAGACCACGCUUCCCAGGGAGGCAAAUUCCUCCGAAUCACAGACGAGCGAGGCAAAGGGAUAAGAAAGAAACAGUCCGAUGAGAAGAAACCCAAAUUCCUCAUCAAACGCCGAGCCUUUAGUCGUGUCGUUCGGGAGAUUGCCAACGAAGCCAGCACCUCUGGUCAGAUUCGCUUUCAGCCGGGUGCAAUCGAAGCGCUACAGACAGUGGUGGAGGAGAUGCUGGUCACCGAAUUCACCUUGGCCCGUCUCACAAUUGCACAUUCCAAGCGCGAAACCCUCAAGAAGAAGGAUAUGAAGUUUGUACAGAAGAUCAGGCGUAUCUUGGAUGGGAGCGAAAUGUCGCCUGAGGAUGAUGUUCACGACAACUGA